CCGCACAGGCGGGGCGGGGCGGGGCGGGCGGUGGCCAUGGAAACCGAGCGCACGCGGAGCGCCGCCCUCCUCGCCGGGCCGCCGCCGCCAUGAUGCUGCUGGGCCGCGGGCUGGACGCCAGGGACAAUCAGACUAGGCAAAUACAAGAUGCCGUUUCAAAUGUGGAAAAACAUUUUGGUGAACUGUGCCAAAUAUUUGCUGGAUAUGUACGUAAAACUGCCAGACUACGAGACAAAGCAGAUCUUCUAGUAAAUGAAAUAUAUGCAUAUGCAGCCACAGAGACACCAACCUUAAAAGUUGGACUGAAAAACUUUGCAGAUGAAUUUUCCAGACUUCAGGAUUAUCGCCAGGCAGAGGUUGACAGGCUUGAAGCCAAGGUUAUUGAACCUCUGAAAAGUUAUGGGACCAUAGUGAAACUUAAAAGGGAUGAUCUUAAAGCAACUUUAACAGCAAAGAACCGAGAAGCCAAGCAAUUAUCUCAACUGGAAAAGACACGUCAGCGGAAUCCAUCAGAUCGACACAUUAUUUCACAGGCUGAAAGUGAAUUGCAGAGAGCUUCACUAGAUGCAACUCGAACAACUCAGCAGUUAGAGGAAACCAUUGAUAACUUUGAGAAACAGAAAAUAAAAGACAUAAAAAACAUAUUUUCUGAAUUUAUAACUAUUGAAAUGUUAUUCCAUGGAAAAGCUUUGGAGAUAUAUACUGCUGCCUACCAAUAUAUCCAAAAUAUUGAUGAAAAUGAAGAUUUGGAGGUUUUUCGGAGCUCACUUUAUCCACCAGACUAUCAAUCUCGCUUAGACAUAGUUCGUGCAAAUUCAAAGUCCCCCCUGCAAAGAACUGCCUCCUUAAAAUCUUCAUUGAGGACAGUACAGAUCUCCAGCACUAUGCUAAAAAAAGAUGAAGAAGAGGAGGAAGAGGAAGAUGACGAUGAGGAAGAUGACAAUGAGGAAGAGGAAUUAGGUGCUACUAAGGAAGUGAGAUAACAAAACUGAUUUAAGAGGUGGCGGUUUUUUGAUCAAAAAAAAAUAUAUUUCCCUUGAUGUAAAGGAUUUUUUGUGUUAAUCAAAAACUUCACCGAGGCUGUAUUUUUACAGUUCCACGAGGGGCCAAGAACCAGCACUAAUAGUAUAGUGCCAGCCAACAAAUGACCAGAUUCAAAGAAUGGAACAAAAUCUGCUGAAAAUGGACAAUUUCAGUAGCUGGAACAUUUAAAUGGAAUCCUGUAUAUUUGCAUAGAUCUUAUCUUGCAGUCACAUUUGCUUAAACUCACAUGACUGUCCAAAAACUCUGCUAAGCUGACAAGCAGUUACGAAAGUAAGUUUGCUUGUCACAUUGCCAAUAUAUUACCUUACUCUCUAGCUACACACCUCCUGGAUUUACUAAGUCCUCUAGCUGUAUCUGUCAUGAUUGGUCUUGUAUGUCAUAAAGUAGCUGUAGUCCUCAAGAAACUGAUUACAGCAACAAUCCUGUUAGAUUUCGUUUUGUUACCCACCUUGGAUGGCAGAAGGCAGGGUGUAUUGUUCUCUCAUUCUUGUUUUUCUCAGGCUUGGCUAAGGCGACUCUUGAUUCCUUUACAUAUACAGAACACACAUGCCCAAGUAAGAGUCUUGCCCACCAUCUACUUUUAAUGCUGCUUCGCUUCUAAAUAAAGUGCCUUCAUAAUAAAAACAGUUCGUAUUUUAUAUAGUUGACAUUUAUUAGUUGAUAUGCUAUAUGUACAGUCCCAAGUUUCAUGUGUUUAACUGGUUGAUUUAGUUACCAAUUCCAUCAAAUGAGAACUUACACAUUUUGAGUGUAAUUUCUUAUCCUGUUUGGAGAUGCAUGUUCAUUUCUGAAUAGCAUGCAAUUGUCUGCCAGAAAGCUGCUACCAUAUGGUUUAUCUCCAGGUGAAGAACAAACACAUGUUCAAAUGUAGAAUUUAAAUUUGUAACUGAGAAAACAAUCUAAAGUUAUAACCAAACCUGCUUCCAGUUACGGAAAUAAAUCAGGAGGUGCAUUUUUAA